AUGUCCUCUCCGCGCCCGCUCGACGCGGCGUCGCGCGUUCGAGCGUCCCACGCCCCGGUGGUGUGCGUCCUGGACGAGCGCGAGGUCGAUCGAAGGACCGACGGCUCGGGAUUCAGCGAAGAUGCGUCGACGAGCGAGCUCAAGUCGUUGGUCUCGCUCUUUCGCGCCGUUUCCAGCGUCAAAGGGCUCAACGAGACGCUGCGGUGCGACGGUGAGCGUGCGUCGAAGGUGACGAUCGUUCGGGAGCUGCGCGCGAGAUUCGUGAGCGAGGAUGGGGCGACGAGCGGGACGCGAGCGGACGCCGAGGCGAGCGGGACGGCGGCGUGCGAGAAGGAGUGUUUCAACGCGCAAGCGAUGAACGAGCGAGCGGUGAUGGACGCGAGAGAAGAGAGCUUGGAUGAUUGCGUUCGCAGGGCGCGGGAGGAGGCGACGACGAGUGGACGGUUCAAUGGAUACUUUGACGCAAACGCGCGGGCGCUGACGUUUAACGAGUGCGAGGCGUUUGAUCACCCGGUCGGGGCGAUUUUGUGCGCACGGGUGAGAGAACGCACGGCGGAGGACGUCGUCAGGGUGUUCGAGGACUUGAAGGGACGAUUUAGGCGAUUACCAGUGUUCGGCACCGGCGCUGGGGAUCCCGAGGCAUGUUUUGGUAUGGCUCUCGUGUGGGACGCGCGAGGCGGGACGUCACGCGAACGUGCAGAAGAGUUGUUGAAGAACGUCCAGCGAGCUGGCGCGCCCGAUUGCGAGCUCCUGAUCGUUAACUCGGACGAGAGUGGAUCGUUCGCGUCAGGAGUUUUGUGGAGCGAGCACGCGGAGACGAUCAUCGCUCGCGCCGCGAUCGAGCACUCCGGCGCCAGCGCCUCGAGUGCAGCUGAGGGGAAGUACAUGAGUUCUGACGACGUCGAGCGAGCAAGGGCGUACGUGAGAUCGUUCGUGACGAGAACCUUGAUCCCACACAUCGAACGCAAGCUCUUCGCGCUGUCGACACAGAUUUACAAUACGAGAAAGGGCUUUAAGAAUCAGUUCAAGAGUUUUUGGGGACGAAGCACGACGACAGCGUCUCGCCCCGAGGCCGAGCGCGGUUACCGCUCGCCCGAAUCGCAGAUUCGAUUAGCGGGUGAUCUAGCGUUUGGGAUCGGUGAUUAUGAAACGGCCUUGGCGCACUACAAGCUCGUGCAAUCGGACUAUAAAUCACAGAACGCGUGGAAGCCGCUGGCAAGCUCAUACGAAGCCAUGGCGCAUGUGUACUUGAUGACACGUCACACGCGGAACACGGUGGACGUGAAGAAAGACAUCGAUCACGCGUACGACAGUGCAAUGUUGGCGCUGUCGAAGUACGAGCUGAGUGGUGGGCACAGUGAUAUUCAUCGUGUGCAUGUAGAGAUGCUCAAGACGCGUUCCGCCAUCGAGCACGCCGAGGCGUUGCAACUGAUCGGCGCUUAUCGCGACGCACACGCACCUCUCGUGGUUAUCUCCGCCUUUGAUGAUUCUGAACUUCGCGCUGCGCUCUUGCUCGAGCGCGCCGCAUUCGCUUUCGUUCGCUGCGAACCUCCGAUGCUUCGCAAGUUUGCGUCGUACAUGGUCUUGGCUGGCGUGAGGUAUGUGCGCGCAGGUGCCAUCGCGGCCGCAACGCGGUGUUACGCGUACGCGCUGCCGGCAACGAGCGAUCAUGGCUGGAACGCCGCGAAGGAACAUCUGAACACCACCCUCGGCCAGCUCUGCGCGCGCGUCGGGUACACGCGCGCAUCGUUGGAAUUUUUCAGAGACGCCGUCAAGCACGCGUCGCAUCUGACCGAUGACGAGCAACGCGUACGCUUGUCUUCGCUUGAAGAGUACGCGGGCAAGUAUGAGAAGGAAACACCGGCCGAAAAACGCGACGCAAUGGCGGACGAACUCGCGUGCCCUUUGCCAGGCAUGAAUAUAAAAAACGUUCACGUCACGUUUGCUGAUGACAGAGAAUCGAGCGAGUCAAGCGCGGACAACGGCGAGGAGGCUUGGGAAGCCAUAGAGCGCGGGGGCGUAGUCCCACAAAAUUUAUUAUCAGGCGCGACCGGUGCGAAUUGGCUGAACAACGGCGGUCGCAAGAUUGAAAUCGAUCAAACGGCGGUGUGCGCCUCUGGCGAAGAUGUCAAGGUGGACGUUGAGUUCACAAAUCCGUUGCGCUUACCUCUCGAUAUGAAAAAUCUACGUCUUUUGUGGGAAUUCACGCCCUCGCUGGGAGAGAUAAUGACGAACGAAGGCGGCUCAGAAAGCAUCGGAUCGCUCGUCGAGGCCAAGGUGGAGGAAGUGACGCUCGCACCCGAGUCUACGCGAGAAAUUCGAUUGAGCAUCACCCCACAUUCUUCCGGUAUCUUACGCGUGCGCGGCGUGGCUUGGACAGUGGGAACGACGGGUUUCCUCAGAGGAAGGCGACACUUCGAUGUGGCCGCACCUCGCACGCGGCGUGGACCGGAUGGAGAAUGGUUGCGAGACGUCCCGAAACAUAAGCGAUUGAUAUUCAACGUGUGCGAAACCAUGCCAAGAUGCGAGGCAACGCUCGAGGGCGUCCCCGCGCAAGCUUUGGAUGGAGAGCUACGAAGAAUAGAUCUCAUCAUCUCAAACGUGACACAGCCGAUGGCGAAAUGGAUACGAGUGCGAUUGCCCAAAUCCGUUCUCAGGCCUGUGGAUGUUUCGCAUGUCCCCUUGGGCGAGCCAGCCAUUCACCGCAACGCAAGUCAUGACGACUUCGUUCGAGGAGCAACGGGCGGUGGAAACUCCGAGGACAAUCUACUUGACGGUGAUGGUGCCGUGUACGCUUUGUCCGAGUGGGAAAAUCUCGGCUCUGGCUCGCCCAUUCGCUGGCCUCUGUGGUUCCAUCCUCGCGCCGUCGGCCGCGCCACGGUGCGCAUUUGCGUGUGCUACCAACCCGAACCUCCGGCGCCGAAACUGUUGACGCACCGGACCAUUCGUAUUUUCGAGCGAGUGGACGUAGCACCAUCAUUCAGCGCGAGAGCGUCGUCGAUGCCGUCGCCGUCGCACCCCUUAGCCAGGGUUGUUCGAUUAUCCCUGAAGAGCGCGAGUACGCAGACAAAGGUUUUUGAUAUCGAAAGCGUCAGGCUCGGGUCGAGAAAGGAUGGGGUGAAGUACAAUUUGGUACCACUAGUCAAGGAUGCGAGCGCAUCGCGCGUGAUUCGUCCCGGUGAGACGAUCGAGACCCUCUUGAAGUGUUCUCCAACGUCGGAUACUAACGCGAGUGAGCUGUUUGACUUUCCCAACGCCAUCCUUGCGGAGCGCGCGACGUCGCUCUUUGCGUUCCAUGACUCGGACAGAGGUCAGGCAACGAUGAAGCAUUUUGCCAAAGGUCGAGGAGACGUCAUCACGAACGGGUUGAUGGUGACGUGGUCCACCGGAGAUGGAGCUCUCGUCGGCGCGCAGCACAUUCGCGAUGUCGUCGAGCUCUCUCGGUGCGCAGACACCGCUCGAACGCCGUUCUCGCAGAGAAGCGAGGUCUUCUGGACCAUCGACUAUCCGAGCAUAAUUAAAAUGCGGCAAAAUUCGUCCUUUACGCAGUCGAACGUCGUGCUCAAGGCUCGAAAUGAGUCGGACGAGAUGCUGGACAUCGAGUUCGUGGCUGACGCCACGCGUUCGGCGCCGGCGAACGUUGAAAACGGCGGCUGGUCACUCGACAAGGACGAAAAUGCGUGGCAAAACAGAGAGACAUCGUUUCCAUCCGAUGAUCAGGUUCGACGACGACCAAUUCCUUUGCCUCCCGGCAAGCCCUUCAUCUGGGUUGGUCCCGUUCGACGCGUCGCCAGGAACGUGGCUCCGGGUCAAGUCUUCGAAUUUCCGCUCACCAUCGCCUGCUUCGCCAAGGGUGACCACAUCUUGGACGGCUACACCCUAUCCUGGAGCACUUCGUCGAAAAAUCUCACCGUGAACACGAUGACCGCGUCCCCGCGCGCCGGUCGGGAGCACUCCGCUCCGCGCGUCGCCGACCCCGCCGACGCCCCCGGCGCCCCGCACGUGUUCACCGUCGUCUGA